AUGAAGAUUCUAUUCAAGCUGCUUCUGCAGCUCGUGCGCUGCACCAGUGCUCUUGACGCUGAACCCAACGACCCGUACAAACCCUCUUCUUCCUCGGAGCAGCAGCAGAAGGAGAAGGAGAAGGAAAAGGAGAACGACUUGGGAAUGGCAACCCUAAUUCCAGAGCACUUAAGCCCGGACAUCCGCGGGAAGUACCAGAGUCUUUUCCGCGGUGCAGGGCUGGACGAAGUGGUGGAGUCCGGUUUGAAUGUCCUGAGCCAACUGGACAGCCGCGGAUGGUCACACAAUCUCCAUGUGGACGAGGCCCACGUGGGCAGCAGCAGUGACGUGGACGCAAAGGCCGGCGAAAGCUCGUUACAGCAACCAUCGCGGUCGCAGGAGGGGAGUCUGGCUGACAGUGGGGUCACCGCAGCACCUGCCCGCGCAACUGCGAACACAACCGCCAACACACCAGCCGAUGCAGCUGCUGCAUCAGCUGAGGACGUAGCUGCUGGUGUAACGUCUCCAAACGCGGCUUGUUUGAAGCAAACUCAUGUGCUUGCGAAGCCGGUGGAGGAGCAUGUUGUGGAGUGGUCUUACAAAGCAGCGAGUCUGCUUUUAAGGAAGUACAAGGAGUUGGAGCUGUUCAAGAAGUUAGUGCAGAAAUCAGCGGACCCAGUGAUGAUCUACAACAUGGACCAUAUACUGUUAGAGUGCAACGCUGCCGCUUUGCGAAUCCUCAAGUACCCCUCCAAAGCCGCGCUCUCCCACGCCAUGACCACGCCAGGCUACGCCACGCCCCUCUCUCCCGUGCGCCAGCCCGACGGGCAGCUCUCGGAAACAGUCGCGCUGGAAAUCGGGAGAAGGACGGUGGAGCAGGGUCAGGUGGUAGUGAACUGGGUGCAUUUGGCGCGGGACGGCACGGAGGUGCCUUUGCGGAUUCACGCGCAGUGUGUGCAUGUCGGCGACGAGAAGUUCUUCAUGGCGACCUGGCAUGAUCUGACGGAGAUCAAGAGGCAGGAGGAGGUGUUAAGGAAGGCCAAGGAGGCUGCGGAGGCGGCGAGUGAGGCGAAGAGCCUGUUUCUGGCGAAUAUGAGCCACGAGAUCCGCACACCCAUGAAUGGUGUAUUGGGCGUGGCGGAUCUGCUGCUGCGCACGCCACUCACAGUGGAGCAGCGCUCGUACCUCGAGAUCAUCCGAUCGUCGGGAGACAAUCUGCUGCGGAUCAUAUCCGAUGUGCUGGAUCUCUCCAAGAUCGAAUCGCAAUCUCUCGGUCUGGAGAGCGUCGCCUUCUGCCUUGAGACGUGUAUCAACGAGGCCACGGCGCUGCUGUGUGUCGCUGCCUCGGAGAAGGGAUUGCUGUUGGAGAGCCGAGUGGCUCCUGACGUGCCGCGCUACGUGAGGGGCGAUCCGGGGCGGCUGAGGCAGAUCAUUCUGAACCUCGUCUCCAACUCCAUCAAGUUCACCCAGAGUGGCGGCAUCCAGAUUGUGAUUCGCCGGGCGACAGAGGACGAGAUCGCCCGCGUGCGCAAGAAUAGGGCUGCUACUGCCGCUGCAGCAGCAGGAGAGGGCGCAAAUGCAGGAACAGGAGGGGAAGGAGGCGAGGACGGGCGGAGAGGGGGAGGGAGUGGAGAGGAGGAAAGAGGGGGCGAGGGGAGGGGAGAGGAGGAAAGAGGGGGCGAGGGGAGGGGAGAGGAGAGAAGGCGGAAGGGGAGAGGGGAGGAGGCGGAGGGUGACUCAGGCGACGUGGAGUUUGGGGAGUGCGAGAGGAUGGAGAAGGGCGGGGGUGUGGCUGAUAGGAGGGAGGCCGGAGGUGAAGAGAACAAGGGAGUGGAGGGGGGUGAGGGAGGAGAGAAGGCGGAGGUGGGGGGGAAGGGGGAGGAGGGGGAGAAGGGGGAGGGGGAGAAGGGGGAGGGGGAGAAGGGGGAGGAGAAGGUGUGGAUAACGUUCUGUGUGGUGGACACUGGCAUGGGCAUCAGCCAAGAGGCGUGCUCCCGGCUGUUCCGCGCGUUCAUGCAGGUAUGUCAUUUGGUGCAGGUAUGUAAAAGGGCUUCGAUUGGACUUGAUCAGAACAGCACCACCACUUCCUUCUCUCCCACUGUGAUCCCAACAGUGCGACGCCUCCACAUCCCGCCGCUACGGAGGCACGGGGCUGGGCCUGGCGAUCUCAAAGUGGCUCGUGAACCUUAUGGGGGGGGGACAUUCACGUCAGCAGCCAAGUGGGCGCGGUGGAGGCAGUGUGGGCUGGUUGGACACGCUUCCUUCAACACACUCCACUCCCUUGCACCCACACCCACCCACUCCUUACAGGGCGACGCCUCCACCUCGCGCCGCUACGGGGGCACGGGGCUGGGCCUGGCGAUCUCAAAGUCGCUCGUGAACCUCAUGGGGGGGGGGACAUUCACGUCAGCAGCCAAGUGGGCGCGGUGGAGGCAGUGUGGGCUGGUUGGACCCGCUUCCUUCAACACACUCCACUCCCUUGCACCCACACCCACCCACUCCAUACAGGGCGACGCCUCCACCUCGCGCCGCUACGGGGGCACGGGGCUGGGCCUGGCGAUCUCAAAGUCGCUCGUGAACCUCAUGGGGGGGUACAUUCACGUCAGCAGCCGGGUGGGCGCGGGGUCCACCUUCGCCUUCACCAUCCAGCUGCCAGUGUCAACCGCGCAGCUCUGUGCUCUCGCUGGUAACGGCGGGCUCAUGGCCCGAGACGACUCACUGGCAGGUCAGUUUCUACCUAAAGUUGUUGUGGGGUAUGUAGGGGCGAGUUCUAGGGCUGUGGGGGCGAGUUCUAGGGCUGUGCGGGCGGGAUUCAGCAGCCAAGUGGGCACGGGGUCCACCUUCGCCUUCACCAUCCAGCUCCCUGUGUCAACCGCGCAGCUCUGUGCGCUCGCUGGGAACGGCGGGCUCAUGGCCACAGACGACUCGCUGGCAGUGAACCAGAUGGUGGUGGUGCGUAUGCUGAGGGGGCUGGGCGUCGUGUCGGAUGUGGCUUCUAAUGGAGAGGAGGCGCUGCGGGCAUGCGAGAAGAAAGACUAUGAUGUGGUGUUCAUGGUGGGUGGUGUCACGCAGUCACUCACUCACUCACCCAUUCACUGA